AAACGGUAAACCCACAAACACAACCAUCCCCUCCUUACUUCUGCCCCCAUCCCAAACCCUACCGCCUCCAGAUCCCACCCUCUCGCCACCGCGACGCUUGCCGGAGGUUCGGUUCCAGCCAUGCGGAUCCGGAGGAACGCCUCCAGGGUGCUCGGGUCAGCCUACUUCACCACACAGUCGGAAGCAUCACGCGCAUAUAUGAGCAACCUCCCACCGACAUCGUCCGCGCCUGCGCCUGUUGCAUAUGGCGGCGGCGGCGGCGAUCUUGGUGGUCCUAUGGUCACUCCAGACGAUGCUUGCCAGCUAAGCCUGUCGCCAUGGGAUCUGCCAUAUGAGCUCGAAGAUCCUGAUCCCCUGGAGGCUCCGUUCGACAGGUACAUGGCGUGCAUCCCUUUUAGGGCAAGCUUUGUGUCCGACAGCGACAACAACGAUGAUGAUCAGAUGGAGGUGGACGAAGACAAGAGUUGGAAUCAGGUGGAGAAUGAGGAGGUGAAUGAUCAGCAGCAACCAGCUGACCACAAGGUGGACCAAAGUGGUGAUCCGGCAGCCAGAAAGAUGAAGGGGAAGAUGAACGAGAGCAGCAUGGUGGUGAUGGAGAUGCAAGAUGCUGACAAGCAGGCUGGUGUUUGGUACUGCAACAAGAAUGAUGGCAAGAAAUGGCACUGCCGAAACAUCGUCGACGGGCCCAAGACCCUGUGUGACUACCACCUAGCAAAGAGCCGCUCUUACUACACCCGCACUGGUGAGGCAGGUGCUGCAGCUAGUUCCAAGUCAGGCCGAGCAAAGGCACCAGCUAUUGCCAAGCCAAAGUCCAGUUCCAAACGAACUCCAGCAGGUGAGUCAAGUGCUCAAAACAACUCUAUUGCAGCAGCAGCAGCAGCAGCAGUGAGUGUGCUGCCAACCAUCUCCUCCCAGCCAUCCAAGAGGAAGGCAAGCAAUGGCUUAUUAGGUGGUGAUGCCUACUAUUUCUAUGAUAUGUUCGUCCCAUACCGCAAGAAGGAUCGUGGUGGUAGCAGCAGCAAACAGCAAGCCGGUGCUGAGGAGAAGGAGAUCCUGCCACAAGAUAAUGCCGUCGCCAUGGAAGAGAAAAUGGACGGCAAGAAACUGUACGAUGGUGUUUACAACUCGUCUGAUUACUCCUCGGACACUGCUAGCGACGACGAGAGCGACGAAGACUAUACCGUUGGUGGUGCCAGCAAGCGCCGUACCAAGAAAAGGAAAAUGAAGCUUUCAGUGAAGAAGGUGCAGUUCUCGAAGAUGACGAAGAAGCGUGUGAAAGAACGGUCGCUUAAGUCCCUGCUCUAAGAGUUCUAAUUCGAUCGGUUGUCUGUGGGACAGUUUCAGUUUAGCCGUGUUGUCGCUUAAUGGCAUAUCAUGUAUGGAUUUAAGACGUGUACCGUUUAAAUAAAUGUUUGAACCUUGUGAUGUUUAUCAGACAUAAUUUCGGGUUGUUAAAUUUAGUGAUGGUGGUCAAGGAAAUAAUACAAUCAAACUUUUGAUAUAAUUUAA